CAAUGUCAGCAGUCAGUUGUCAUCGGACAGUGAAUAUGACAACGCGUAUAACCUCACUCGAACGUAAUAAAUAUUCAAAACAAAAAUUGAAAUAAUCAAUAAUCAUGAUGUUCUUAUAUUUGUUAAGUAUUUUUUCUUUAAUGGUGCAAGCAGUGUUUGUUACACUUGCAAUUGCUGCUGGCCUCUAUUAUCUUGCGGAGUUGGUUGAAGAAUACACAGUAAUGGCCAAAUAUGUUAUAUCUUGGACUGUGGUGGCAACAGCAAUAAUACAUUUAGGUCUCAUAGCGUUUGAAGAAAUCCCCUUAUACCUAAAUGGUUUAGGGCUCCUACAGCAGUGUUUACAUGGAGUACUGCUAAAGGACUUCCCAGUCUUUAGACUAACAAGUGUAACAUUCAUAACGGCUGUGCUAAAUUUGAUAUUACACCACUAUCUAGCGUUCAAGUACUUUGGGACAAUGUUUUAUGGAUUUUCUGAGGUACUUGCGUAUUUCACACUAUGCUUGUGGGUGGUGCCAUUUGCAUUGUUUGUCUCGCUGUCAGCUAAUGACUAUGUUCUACCGACUACUGGGGAGAGACAACAUUUAUUAGGCGAAAACAACGUGGUCACAGACUAUUUAUCGCAAAAAGCGAAACGGUACAGUCUACUGUCAUUCUUUAGUUUUGCUAAGGAAUCCAUACUGCCACAGAGGAAUAAAAAGUCGUUUUAAAUUAAUGCUCAUCUAGUAUUUAAAUAUACAUUCUUUGUAUAAUGUAAAUAAUUAGUCAAAUUAGGGAAUAAUUCGAACAACGAAUUAAUAUAAGUGCAAUGACCCAACUAAAAAAAAGCCGUCUACUCACGUACUUGCAGCAGGGACAAUAUUGGAAUUGCACCCUUGAUUGGCUCCCUAAUUAUGAUGUGUAUGGGCAAGCAGGGGCAAUUUAGAGAACAGCUGAAAUAGCUCCAACCGCCGUACAACCGAGAUUGUUCCAAUAUUGUCCCUGCGUCAGGUAGGUGAGUAGCCUGCUUUAAGUCUCAAUAUGAACGAAAUAUGGGUAAAAAUUUACGCGGGAAAUCUAUUUUGACAGUUCGGAAUACAUAACGCAAAAAAAUACACAUUCUGGUUUCUGGUUAAAGGUAAAGUCAUAGCUUUUUAUGUGUAAUAGUGUUAUAACUGAAUGGCUUAUUUUGUUUAUUUUAAUAACGUAUGCCUGAAUAACAACAAUUUCAUUAUUUAAUAAUAAUACCUUUAUUCCUUAACUCAUGUAAAAAAAAAGUUAAAGAAAAAUAAAAUUGAAUUAAAUUCCUAUCAUUGGUUUGUGAUUAGACUACGAAUAUUUUUGCAUUACUUAAUUUUCAUAUUUGUGUUACGGAUUGUUGUUUUGUGAUAUUUUCGUUAAGGGUCUAUUUCUAUUAUAUUAUUAUAUAAGAUAGAACAGUAUCAUAUAUUUGGAACAAUUCCCUAUGAAUUUACAUUUUAUGUUGCAAAAGGCAGUGGUGUUAUGGUGUAAGGAAAUGAACAGAGAAAUUGAUUCCACUACUCAUAGAUAGAAAAAUGUCUCUACUUGUUAUAUUAUAAUUAAUAGUAAACAGACACACACAGACAGCUCAUGCUCCAGAUAGGCAACACGAAAGUCAGGUAAUUGCCCGACUCGUGUCGAGCGAGCGAGAUUCAAUACAUGAGAAAAAAAGAAAACUUAUAAACAGGCAAAGACGUUUUAAAAUACAACAUUGAUGGUGUAUAAUCUAUCUAUCCUUUUAAUACGUCAUUGCACACAUUUACACACAUACUCACUUAAAAACACACACACACACACACACACACGAAAAUAUACCUAGAAAUACUAAUUAAUUAUACAGCAAUAUUGGAUGGACUCAAAAAGAAGCAAUAUUAAGAAACCUCGUACAAUCAUAGGCUGUUAUUAAUAUAUUGACGAAUUCCUUAACAUAAGACAAAUUUAAUUUAUUUGUAAAUAUUUUGUUUAUUUUUAUUUAUGAAGUUUUUUGUACGAUAUUUCGAAUAAAAGCUUGUUGAAGUAUU